AUGCAGGGCCCCGUGCUCGUUCUAAAUGCGAACACGAAGCGCGAGUCGGGUCGCAAGGCGCAGCUCGGCAACAUCGCGGCGGCCAAGGCGGUGGCGGACAUCAUCCGCACCACGCUGGGCCCGCGCUCCAUGCUCAAGAUGCUGCUGGACGCCACAGGAGGCAUCGUUCUGACCAACGAUGGAAACGCCAUUUUGAGAGAAAUCGACGUCACGCACCCAGCUGCCAAGUCCAUGAUCGAGCUGAGCCGCACACAAGACGAGGAGGUGGGCGACGGCACCACCUCCGUCAUCAUCCUUGCUGGCGAGAUGCUCCACGUGGCGGAGCCCUUUUUGGAGAAAGGCUUUCACCCCACCGUCAUCUGCAGAGCAUACACCAAGGCGUUGGAUGAUGCCAUAGCGGUGAUUGACAAGGUGGCAUUCAAGAUCGACGUCAACAACAGGAAGCAGAUGCUGAGCAUACUGCAGAGCUGCAUCGGCACCAAGUUCACCACCCGCUUCGGGUCCCUCAUGGCUGAACUGGCACUAGAUGCGGUGACGACAGUAGCAGUGGAGGUGGGGGGCCGCAAGGAGAUUGACAUCAAGCAGUACGCCAAGGUGGAGAAGGUGCCGGGCGGUCGGAUAGAGGACAGUGCGGUGCUGCGCGGUGUGAUGUUCAACAAGGACGUGGUGGCUCCCGGCAAGAUGCGGCGGCGCAUUGAGAACCCGCGAAUCGUGCUGCUGGACUCGCCGCUGGAGUACAAGAAAGGCGAGAACCAGACGAACGUUGAACUCUUGAAGGAGGAGGACUGGGAGCAGCUAUUGAAGAUGGAGGAAGAGUACAUAGCAGGCCUGUGUCGCCACAUAGCGGCCUUCAAGCCCGACCUCGUCAUCACGGAGAAGGGCCUCAGCGACCUCGCAGCCCACUACCUCUCCAAAGCCGGCAUCUCAGCCAUUCGCCGGCUGCGCAAAACAGACAACAACCGCAUUGCUCGUGCGGUAGGCGCCACCAUUGUGAACCGGGUGGAAGAACUACAGGAGAGCGACGUGGGGACGGGCGCGGGGCUGUUUGAGGUGCGCAAGAUCGGCGACGAGUUCUUCGCCUUCCUGGUGGAGUGCAAAGAGCCCAAGGCGUGCACCGUGCUGCUGCGAGGGGCGAGUAAAGACAUUCUCAACGAGAUGGAGAGGAACCUGCAGGACGCCAUGGGAGUGGCGCGCAAUGUGGUGGUGGACCCUCGCCUCGUGCCGGGUGGCGGUGCCGUGGAGAUGAGUGUGUCGGCCGCCCUCAAGGACAAGGCUGGCACUGUGGCAGGCAUUGAGCAGUGGCCGUACCGAGCGGUGGCGUCAGCCUUUGAGGUGAUCCCGCGCACGCUGGCGCAGAACUGUGGAGUGAGCGUCAUCCGCACCGUCACUGCGCUGCAGGCCAAGCAUGCACAAGGUGCCAACACGUCCAUAGGCAUUGAUGGCGACACGGGCGCCCUCACUGACAUGAAGGAGCUUGGGGUUUGGGAGCCGUAUGCAGUGAAGGUGCAGACGGUGAAGACAGCAAUCGAGGCAGCGUGCAUGCUGCUGCGCAUCGAUGACAUCGUCAGCGGGCUCAAGAAGAAACAGGCAGGUGGCGCACCGGGAGGGGGCAAGCCGCAGCUUGAUACUGGGGAUGACGUUGACUCGGAGCAGAUGCUGGCCGAGUGA